UAUUUAAUCGUCUGUGGGUAGUAUAAAAUAAUUAUGAGUACACAACAAAGUCCAGCAAAUUCUUCAGUCGAACGGGAAAAAGUAUUCCAGUGGAUUUUGGAGUUAACAAACCCCGAGACAAGAGAAAACGCUCUUCUCGAGUUAAGCAAAAAAAGAGAAGUAGUUCCAGAUUUAGCUUCUAUGUUGUGGAAUAGCUUUGGUACAACAGCUGCCCUUCUUCAGGAAAUUCUAAAUAUUUAUCCCGCUAUCAAUCCACCGACUCUUACGGCGCAUCAGUCAAAUCGGGUAUGCAAUGCCUUAGCACUUUUGCAGUGUGUAGCAUCACAUCCAGAAACAAGAUCUCAGUUUCUUCUUGCGCAUAUUCCGUUAUUUUUAUACCCUUUUUUACAUACAGUAUCAAAGACUCGACCAUUUGAAUAUCUUCGUUUAACAAGUCUUGGGGUAAUUGGAGCUCUUGUAAAAACUGAUGAACAAGAAGUGAUAACUUUUCUCUUGACUACAGAAAUCAUACCGCUUUGUCUUCGGAUCAUGGAAACUGGAUCUGAACUUAGUAAAACUGUUGCUACUUUUAUUCUACAGAAAAUACUCCUGGAUGAUAGCGGAUUAUCUUAUAUUUGCCAAACCUAUGAUAGAUUUAGUCAUGUGGCUAUGAUAUUAGGAAAAAUGGUAAUUUCAUUAGCAAAGGAACCAUCUGCAAGGCUUUUAAAGCAUGUAGUAAGAUGUUACUUAAGAUUGUCAGACAAUCCAAGAGCUAGGGAAGCUUUAAGGCAAUGUUUACCAGAUCAGCUAAAGGAUAAUACCUUCAGUGUGUGCUUACAAGAGGACAAAUCUACCAACCAUUGGUUAUCCCAGUUAUUGAAGAACUUAGAGUCAACUGUUUGCACUGAUCCAAGACAAGUGGGUAUUUCACCUUUGACCUCUCAAUAAAUUUUAAUUGUAUUUGAAAUUGAGUAUUAUAUUAUAAGGACCUUAUUUUACAACAAAAUGUUUUGUGGAAUGUAUAAAGUUAUUUUUAAGAAAACUUUAUCAGUUUUGUUUUUGUGUUGUAUUGGUAAAAAAGAUAUGUGAUAUUGAAAAAUUAAAAUAUAUAUCAUUUUUUGUAAGUACUGUAAAUAUGUAGCAGUUAUUUGACAGACUACUUAAA